AUGUCGUUUACUCCAGACUCAGAAAUAGGUAUAGAAUUAAAAAACUUAUUGAUAAAUGAAAUACAAAGGCGAUUUUCAAGAAGUCUAGAUGAUGCCAGUGAUAUAUCUGAUUAUUUAAUUUAUUUAAUUGCAAAUCAAAAGAAUCAUGAUGAAAUUGUAAAUGAAGUCAAAGAUAUUGCUGAUAUACCUAUUGAUACAUUAUUUGUUCAAGAAGUAUUUGUAGAAAUUCAAAAAUUGGAAAAUAAACAAAAUCAAACAGGGGUGAUAAUUCAAGAUUCAGAAGAACCUAAAGUUUCUGCAAGUCUGAAUGAAAAUCCAUGGUUACAACCUAAUCAACAACAUCAUGCAGUUUCAGUUACUUUGCCUUCUGGUCCAAAACGAGAAUUAACAGAUGAGGAGAGACGAGCUUUAAGAGAGAAGAGAUUUGGAACUGUUAAUAAUUCAACUAGAUCACAUAAUGGUAUUUCAAAAACUUCAAGACAUGAUAGAAAUGGUCAUGGUCAUGAUAAUAGACAUUCUCGUAAUAAUGACAGACAUACUCAAAGAUUAACAAAAGCUUUAGAAUCACAACAAGGUAAUAUAAAUUUUACAAAUAAAUUACAAAUUCCAAAAGGUAGAUGUCCAAAUUUUCCUAAAUGUGAUAAUAAACAAUGUGAACUUGCUCAUCCUACAAAAACAUGCUUUUCAUGGCCAAAUUGUCCAAAUCCAUCAGGUACUUGUAAUUUCUUACAUCCAGAUCAAGAUCAAGAAUUGAUGGAAAAAUUAGAACAAUCUCAAAAACAAUUUGAAGAAAAGAAAUUAAAUAAAUUAUUAGUUUCACAAGGUUCAUGUAAAUUUGGUUUAAAAUGUGCUAAAGAAAGUUGUCCAUUUGCUCAUCCAAGUCCAGUUAAUGAAAAUGCUAAAAUUGAAACAUUGGAAUGGUGUUCACAAGGUAAAAAUUGUCAAGAUCCAAACUGUACUAAAUCUCAUCCUCCACCCCCAACAGCAACAAAAGAACCUUUACAAUCAGCGACUGAAAUAGCUUUAGAACAAUGUAAAUUUGGUUCUCAAUGUACAAAUUAUAAAUGUCCAAGAAGACAUGCUUUACUGACUGUUCCAUGCCGUGCUGGAGCUGAAUGUAGAAGAAUUGAUUGUACAUUUGCUCAUCCAAUACUAGAACAAUGUAGGUUUGGUAUUAAUUGUAAAAAUAAAAAUUGUUUAUAUCAACAUCCAGAAGGUAGACAAGUUACAUCAAAUACAUGGUCAAAAGACGAAGGUAAUGCUAAUUCAACAACUGAAAGAAGCUUUGCUGUACCUGAAGAUCAAGUUAUGGAACAAGCUGUUCAACAAUGA